AUGCCGAGCGUAUCAAGAAUCAUCCUGGGCCUUGCUGCCCUGGCACCAUUCGCAGUCGCCGCCCCUACCAUGCACAUGGGUACUGCUGCGCCACCCGCAAUAGUAGAGACCGCUGGCCCACCUGCUGCUGCUGAAGCUGCUCCAGCUGCCGAGCCAGCUGCAGCAGCAGAGGGAGCUCUAACGGAUGUUGACAUUCUGAACUUUGCGCUUACUGCAGAGCACCUCGAAUCGGAAUUCUACAAGCAGGGCUUCGCCAAGUUCCCCAUGGCUGACUUCAUGGCACUUGGUCUCACUGAGGGUCAAGUCAAGUCUCUGAUGGGUGUUGGCCAGACCGAGGCAACCCAUGUUACGACUCUCCAAUCCGCAAUUGCUGGAGCUGGCGCGAAACCCGUUGAAGCGUGCGAAUACAACUUUGACGCUGCCCUCGCCAGCGCCGAUGCCAUGGUCAAGACUGCACGUGUUCUCGAGGCCGUUGGUAUCUCUGCCUACCUCGGAGCUGCUCCCCUCGUCAAUUCCUCCGAUAUUCUCUCGGCUGCUGCUUCCAUCGUCACGGUCGAAGCUCGCCACCAGGCUUUCAUCCGCUCCGCCGCUGGCGCAGAGCCCGUCCCUGCUGCUUUCGACACUGCUCUUCAACCCCGUGCGGUCUUCACCCUGGCUGCUGCCUUUAUCAAGUCCUGCCCCGAAGGCUCCAACCUCAACAUCCAGCCCUUCCCCGCCAUCUCGCUCCAGAACCCUGAGCAGGCAACCGUCGGUCAGGCACUGAAGUUGGCGGAUCCCGCUCAGCCUGCUGGUGCUUCGUUCUGCGCUUUUGUUGCUCCUGCUGGCACUCAAUUCACGACCAUCACCGAUGGCAGCUGCAUGGUUCCCCAAGGUCUCCAGGGCGAAGUCUACAUGAUGAUCACCAAGUCUGAGGCCGUCACCGACGCUGAAGUCCUCGCCGGACCUUCUGUCAUCCAGCCCUCAUAG